AGCUAGCGUGUAGCAAGUGAUAGCCUACUUCUGCCUUUCACUCAGUAUAAUUUCGAAAGCGAAAAAGUUUGCCGCAAAAGGGAAAUAGCGAGAAGUCUCAGCCGAAGAGCAUUUUAGCCGUCCUGUUCGGAAGCUUGGGUCCCGUUCCAACCGAAACAGCGCUCUCGAGAAGCGUUGGUGGCGGCUGAAGUGCAGCUGGAUGUGACAGGUUCGUCAUCAGAUCACUGACAGAAAGUGCCUUGUGAGACGACAUCCCUACUUGAAGAUCCCUGGGCGUUUCUGAAGAGCUCCAGAUUUUUCCCUCUACAGUCGUGACAGGACAUAGCUCAGCCACAAACACCCCUCACCUUUUGGUUUGUCCUUACAUGUGCUCAGUCUGAAGAAACCCCAAGUGAAGAGGUGGAGUUGCUACACUGCUGGCCAAGGUGCCAAAGCUCAGCUAGAGUAGGUACUGAGGACUCAAACAACAGAAACUUUAUGUUGUCCUAAACUGUGCCAUUGAACCUCAAAAUAGCACCACAUUUGCUCCCCAACAUCCACCCUUGCACAGAUAUCAUCACUCAUGCAAACAUUUUGGGGACAUUGGUACAACUAGUCGAGCUUGUCUCCGAGCAUGCCCCCUCUGCCUUGUCAGAGGUCCGCACCUGAGACUUACUGAUUGAUGAACAAUUAGCUGUUUGACUGACAAACUCCACAACAGCAGUGUAGUCCCAUGCUCCAGUCACAGAGACUUUGCCAGUCCAUUACCUCCACUUUCCCGUCUGCAAGGACAAACCUCCUCCGCUGACCUGAAGCAGAUCAUUUAUAGCUGCAUGUUCCAUCAGUUUUAGUUGUCGUGUCUUUUAUUUUUUUUUUUAACUGGAACACUCUGAAACAACUCCUCAGAGGAUAGCCUCCUCCUUAAACCAAGUGGCUCCACUCCACCCGUGCUCUACAGCCAGUGCUGCUGACAUGGCUCUAAACAUUGCCUCGAUACGGGACACAAAAUGGCUGACCCUGGAAGUGUGCCGGCAGUUUCAGAGAGGGACUUGUUCACGCAGUGAUGAGGAAUGCAAAUUUGCCCACCCACCCAAAAGCUGCCAGGUUGAGAAUGGAAGGGUUAUCGCCUGUUUUGACUCGUUAAAGGGUCGUUGCACGCGAGAGAACUGCAAAUACCUCCACCCGCCCGCUCACCUGAAGACCCAGCUGGAGAUAAAUGGGCGAAAUAACCUGAUCCAGCAGAAGACAGCGGCCGCCAUGUUGGCUCAACAGAUGCAGUUCAUGAUCCCCGGCACCACCAUGCAACCAGUGCAGACGUUUCCAGUCAGCCAGGGCCUGGGUUCCAGCGCAGGUUUGAGCUACACACCGUACCUGACUCCCAUGUCCCACAGCAUGGGCCUGGUGCCCACAGACAUCCUGCCCAGCACCCCCGUUAUCGUCCCUGGCAGCCCGCCUGUCUCCGUGACCGCCGGCUCUUCCUCCAACCAGAAACUGCUGCGUACCGACAAGCUGGAGGUUUGCCGCGAGUUCCAGCGGGGCAACUGCGCUCGCGGAGAGACCGACUGCCGCUUCGCCCACCCGAGCGACAGCCCCAUGAUCGAUACCAGCGACAACACGGUCACCGUCUGCAUGGACUACAUCAAGAGCCGCUGCUCCCGUGAGAAGUGCAAGUACUUCCAUCCCCCGGCUCACCUGCAGGCCAAGAUUAAGGCCGCUCAACACCAGGCCAACCAGACAGCUGUGGCUGCGCAAGCCGCCGCCACAGCUGCAGCCAUGACUCAGUCGACUGCCAAAGCAAUGAAGCGACCCCUCGAGGCAACUGUAGACCUGGCGUUCCCCCACGGCGUCCUCCAGCCCCUACCAAAGAGACCAGCACUUGAGAAGAGCAACGGAGCGAGCUCCCUGUUCAACCCCAGUGUUUUGCACUACCAGCAGGCGCUGGCCAACGCACAGCUCCAGCAGCCCGCUUUCUUUCCCACAGGGUCAGUCUUGUGCAUGACUCCUGCUAGCAGUCUUGUCCCAAUGAUGUACAGUGCUACGCCUGCUACUGUCUCUGCAGCAACAACUCCUGCCACAAGUGUCCCCUACGCAGCAACAGCACCAGCCAAUCAGAUCAUCCUGAAGUAAGUGUCAGGAAGGGAACGGAGUGUCACGAAGCUGCACUAGGAAACCCAAAACAGCCCCUGUGUAAAUACUACCUUACCUCUCCCAUAGAGGUCCAGCAACCUGCAUGCUAAGAGUGUAACACUUCAAUUUAACCGUAAGAACUGCAGUGCCGGUGUAACACACACAAAAUAAAAAGAUAUAUACUGUAUGUGUUGCUAGAAAAAACUAUUAACAUGAAAAAGUAAAAAAUAUUCUUAUGUAUAGUACUACAUGCAUAGCAAACACACUAUAGAAGUCAUUUUAACAACUGUUCUCCCAAAGUACCGUGGAUCCCCUCUCUUUCAUAUUUAUUCUAAAAACCUCCGCACAAUGUUCAUCCCUUUGGUUCGGAAAAAAAGAUGCUCGAUUUGCACUAUGCGAAAACUAUAGUGCUUAAUGUUGAAGUGGAAUACAGGAAGAGUCACUGAAAAACCCGUGCACAACCACACCAACGCACUCGGUGCUUUCAAGUGGGUUUUCGCCUCACGGUCUUUGCUUUUCUCUCUACAAAGUUGAAUGUCCUUGGGGCAGACAGGCUCAUGUUUUCUUAAUGUGACUGUCCCUGCGAGGGUACCUCUGUGACCCCCAUCUGCCCCAGAUGCUGUUAAGAUGCCAUGAUGAAGCUUAUCCUCCCCUCCCCCUGCCAACUUUUCAUCUCCGGAAACAUCUUGCCAAAGUCGCAGCUUGGAAGAGGUCGGUGGAAGCAACCUGCCGGAAAGCAGAGCCACAUUUUAACACCCCGAUAAAAUGUUUAUUUUUUUCCCUCUCUCUCUCUUUUGCCAUUGUGAAAGCUGCUCCGAGCGCACCCUUUAUUUGUUUUGGUGCUGGGUUCAGUUCUUUGUUCGGGAGGAGUGGUGGGAUAGAUUGUGCACGGAUUUUUGCAUGUAGUCGGGACUGGGGAAGACAGUGCCCAGUGUUGACAGAAGAUAGUCGUGGCCAUUACCGAAAAGCCUAAAGGCUCAGGUCUGUGCCAAGGGCUUAACAAAGCGCGAGGGUUCGUUCCAGACAUACCAAGCCUUGUGAGUGUGUGUGCAUGUGUGUUCGUACCUGGAGACUGAUGGUCUGCCGGCAGACUGGGACUUGAAGCGAGGUCUAGCAGGUGAUGACAACACCAGGCCUGGUAGGAGACAGGUGAGGGCGGGUGAGGGACUUAAGUGCUAAGACUAAACAAAAAAAAAACAAACAAAAACAAACAAAAAAAACGGUGCAUUUGACGACGCUCGUCAAGCAAAAGAUGACUUGAA